GGCUGCCUCUGCCUGAAAGAUUUCUCUCUGUCCAGGACUGACCGAGCAGCAUGCACCUCACAUUUAAAUAGCAUGCCAUUUUUUUUGCGUGUAGAUAUAUCGGUGACGCAUUUCCGCAGACCCAGGUUGGGAUUGACGAUUUUACAGACAGGGAAAAAUGUGUUCCCUGAGAGGUUGGCAAGUAUCACCGGGCAGAGUUCGGUGAAGAGUAUCAGGCGCCUGCAGCUUGUUACAUUGUUACCUCCGCCCCUGAGAGCGGGCACAGUGCGAGGGCACCGGGCUCUUUGGGAGAGGGGGGGAGCCUGUGCUGAGGGCGGGGGGUUGUUUUAGAUCCUCAGGAAACGAGAGCUCGCAGCGUUUGACGUUUCUCGCGAGCAGCCUCGCCGGGAAAAGGCGGAACUGAAUUUGUAAAGUAGCAACAAAACGGACAGAGCGGCGGCAGAGUGAAGGAGCAGCUCUCACUUGGACAGACACAAAGCACACACGUGUGUGUGUGUAUAAAGCCAGCGCCGCUCCCUCUGGCCACAACAUGCCCAAGAAGAAGCCGGGACCGAUCCAGCUACACCCGAGUCCCGAUGGCUCGGCUCUGAAUGGGACCACUUCCGCAGAGACAAAUCUGGAAGCUCUGCAGAAGAAGUUAGAGGAGCUUGAGUUGGAUGAACAACAGCGCAAACGUUUGGAAGCAUUUCUGACCCAGAAACAGAAGGUUGGUGAGUUGAAAGAUGAUGAUUUUGAGAAGAUAUCGGAACUGGGAGCAGGAAAUGGAGGAGUCGUUUUCAAAGUUUCUCACAAACCAUCCAGUCUCAUCAUGGCCCGGAAGCUAAUUCAUCUGGAAAUCAAGCCUGCCAUUCGGAACCAGAUAAUCCGAGAACUACAGGUUCUCCAUGAAUGUAAUUCUCCAUAUAUCGUGGGAUUCUAUGGAGCUUUCUAUAGCGAUGGAGAGAUCAGCAUCUGCAUGGAACACAUGGAUGGUGGAUCACUGGAUCAAGUGCUUAAAAAGGCUGGAAGAAUUACAGAGCAAGUACUGGGCAAAGUGAGCAUAGCUGUUAACAAGGGAUUGGCGUAUUUGCGAGAGAAACACAAGAUCAUGCACAGAGAUGUUAAACCUUCAAACAUCUUGGUGAAUUCACGUGGUGAAAUCAAACUUUGUGAUUUUGGGGUUAGUGGGCAGCUCAUCGACUCUAUGGCGAACUCUUUUGUUGGGACCAGAUCUUACAUGUCACCUGAAAGACUCCAGGGGACACAUUAUUCUGUUCAGUCCGAUAUCUGGAGUAUGGGACUCUCUCUGGUGGAGAUGGCCAUUGGAAGGUAUCCAAUUCCUCCACCUGAUGCUAAGGAACUUGAACAGAUCUUUGGCUGUCGCAUGGGAGAGGACUCUUCAACCUCAGAACCUAACCCUCAACCACCAGGACGUCCAGGGAGCGCUUUUGGUGGCGAUUGUCGGCCCCCAAUGGCAAUAUUCGAACUGUUGGAUUACAUUGUGAAUGAGCCACCCCCUAAAUUGCCAACUGGAGUAUUUAGUGAAGAAUUCCAGGACUUUGUGAAUAAAUGUUUGAUAAAGAAUCCUGCGGAAAGAGCAGACCUGAAGCAGCUUAUGGCUCAUGCUUUCAUCAAACGAUCAGAGGGAGAAGAGGUGGAUUUUGCAGGUUGGCUGUGCACAACUAUUGGCCUGAAGCAGCCGAGUACACCAACACAUACUCCUACAGUGUAGAUGCUCAAGCUGCUAAAUGUGUCCUCUUUGUGCAGCAAACUGAUGGAUGUUUCUGCUAACAUUACCUCAUCACUAUCCCUCUGUCCCAUAAAUAAUUCUAAAGAUAUUUUAAAAAUGUACUUUCACUUAAGGGAAAGAUGUCUGUUUUAAAAAAAAGCCAAAUUUAACUGCCCUUCAAUUGUUAGAAUUUGUCAAUAGGAAUUCAUAAAGUUUUGAGUGGGGCUAAGUUUAAGAACUAAAGGGAAUGGGGCAUCUCAUUCUUCGAUCAGCAGAAAACCAUUCUACUACCCAAUUUAGUGGAUGAUUGUGGAGACAUCCCACUAUGCUCAGGGUUAAAACUCAUCCUUUAAGAGGAAGGUACAUAUGCUAUCCUCCCUUAACUGGCAAUGAUCCAAUAGGUAUAUAAGAAAUACCUAUUUCUUUUGUAUACAACUCACUGCAAGUGAGAAACUAGAACUGAGUAAAAUUACAUUUUCCCCUGAUUUCUAUUACAUCCUUAAUACUAGCCAUUCAUUUGUUCACUACUAUCCCCUCAAUAGUCAGGAGGAGCUGGGCUUUUAUUUCCACCAAAGAUUCACCCUGUACAGUCAGAUUGGGAAAUCGUUAUUAAAUUGCUAGCAGAAACUCUUUGGGUUUUGCUGGAGUUCUUGGUGGGAGUGGCAAGACAAAAAACUUGCUGAGCCAGAGGGGAAGAUAUUGAAUAUAGCAUGCAGUGAAUCUUCCUUGCACUGAAUCAAAGGGAACAUAAGAUAAUAAAAAUUAAAAUCUAAUGUAUAACUUAGUACAUUGCAUAUGGUUUGAAUCAGAUCAGCUUGCAUUAAGCCCAAUUAUUACAGGGGGACCCUUUCCAAGAUUCAAGCCCAAAUACCAUCAGAAUAAAAUGAAAUAGCACCAAAAGGUUUAAGAAUUUUGAACAAAUUACACUCACAACCACUUAACUCUUCCCUCUUUAGUUUGAAAGUCUCUGUUCAGAGUACUUACUCCCAUCUGUGGAUAGGAUCAAUUCCACUGGUCACAUGAAUGUGGGUGUCUGGAGCAAGGCCAGCAUUUAUCACUGAUCCAGAACAGACUAAAUAUCUAUCACUUGUGGGCCAGAUAGGGUAAGGAUGGCAAAUUUCCUUCCCUAAAUGACAUUAGGUUCACAGUGGGUUUUUACAAGUUGUUCUUUCAAAGGCACCAUUACUAAUACUAGAUUUAAAUUUGAAUUUAAUACCACCAGCUGCAGUGGAGUUUAAACUUGUGCCCUAGAGCGUUAGCCUGCACCUCUGAAUUCCUGGUGACAUGAUCACUAUGCUGUCUACUGGAUGACUGGUGAUCACCACUCACUAAAGCCAUAAGUCAAUCUUACGUUUUUUUUCCUAAAACUAUCCUUUUGAGACAUGGCACUUCUGGGGCAGAUGGAAGUUGAACACAGACUUCUGGCUUCAUACUAAACUGUAUUACUAGUCUGUUGACAUUAUAUACACAAGGUCUGUUAGAAGAGGUGAUAGUAAAGUAGUAAAGACCAGAUCAUUAGAAAAAAAUUGUGGUUCCUAGAAAUAUUCUUUAGGCAGUGUUUGUAAAGUUAAUAUUUCAGGGUUGUCAGACUAAAAAGAAUGAGUACAUAGACAGUUAAAGUCUAGUGUCAGAGACAGAUAAGUUUUUAAAAAACAAUAAUGGUGAUGAUAAUGCAGUGCAGAAGCGUGUUGGUCAUAAGACAAGAAAUGAGGUGCAAAUGGCAACAUAGUCUCAAAAAAUUAAGUAAAUCUUUAGACCUGAAAUUGUUGUGGGCAAUAAAAGUAAACAAGUGUUGUUCCUCAGACUUCAUAAAGCAAACAUUGACUUACUGGUGGAAGGUUGCAAAAAAAAAGUUAAUGGAUACUUGGACGUGCUUACAAAUUACAGCAGUCAGUUGAAGCAUGGAGUAGUAAUCUGUUAAUCUCACUGCACAGAUUGAUUAGUUAGCAGAGUUCUGUUCUUUCCCUGAUAGGAUUGUGCCAAAACAGAAGUACCUUGUUUCAAUCCCAAUUACAACACUGGUGAAAAUGCAUUUAGUUGCUGGUAUAUAAAUAACCAUACAAAUAGUAAAUGUUUGAACUUGGAAUCAUUUUUAAGAGUGGAUUAUAAAAUGGAGGAGUACAGUUGUGUGCAAUUUAGCAUCCUGUACUAUCCAAUUUCAGUCCUGAGCAUCAACUCAGUGUUCACAUCUAAUUUCAAGGAUCUUUGAUGCAUUUAGCUCUGAGGUACAUAUGGGGGGGAAAAUAGUACUUUUAAAAAUGACUAUUAAAUGAUACCACAACGUGCAUUUUUUUCUUCAUUUAAUGAAAUUUACAACUGAGCAGCCUGUGUUCUGCUCACAUUUGAAUAUCAGUCUUUGAAAUCAGCUACAGCAAUCUUAAUGUUAGGCACCAGUGAACAGCUGGAAUAGUAACUGCAUUGGAUUUAAUUAGAUUCACUGUUCACCAAAAGGAAUUACCAAAAUAGUAGGAAUAGAACUCUUAUCACUCAAAGUACGCAAGUAUCCUUUCAAUUCUCAGAAGCAAAUCAUAAAUGUGAAACUCUUGCCCUGCCUGAUCAGUUAGGGAAUUGCAACUUCAUUGACAUUUUUGUCAGCCAGUUUAAACAAAGUGGUAUUUAGUCAGUAGCAGAAUGGAUUUACACAAGAACCAGUCACUAGAUAAAUCAUUAAUGCAGCCUGGCUAUUUGUAUGUGCCAAAAUAAGCCAAUUAUGUGAUUCCCACACAUUUCUUCUUAGUGACUAGUUAGCUCACUUCCUAAAUUGUCAAGGGGCAGCAAUAAAAUAAAGCAGAAGCUAGAAUUGUUAUAUCCUGGAAAAGGUUGGGGGGGGG